UUCCGCACUUGUGCCUGCGAUCACGUAACCCAUAACUACAAUUUCCCACACGAAAUUUAUUAAAAAAGAGGCGCCAACAUCGGCGAUUUCAAGCCAAAGUUGUUCUUUUUACCGGCAAGCGUGUCUUCUCUUUGAUGAAACGCGAACUACGGUGUGGUCUUGAUAUAAGAAGAUAAGGCAUGGAAUCAUGAAGGGACACUCUACUGUCAUACGGUCAUCAGAGAAGACUUUUUUUAUACGGUCAGUGGGAUCAGUACUUUGUACUGCAUAUUCGAUUGGUCAUUUCAUACUAUCAGUCUUUAAAUAUUUUGAUAAAAAGUUUUUUCCUUUGAGGGUGCUGUACUUAAAUUAAUAGUUCGUGUUGAUAUUGUUGGUAAUGGUGGAACAAGACAAACGUAAAUGUCACCCAAAGUAUGAAAACCGUAAGAGAGAAAAGAAAACAAAAAACGAAAACACCAGAACAAAACAAGCAGCCUCCGUUCAUCUGCUGAUCGUAAUGGGCACAUUGUGCCGUCUUCUGCCCGUUAUUGUCCGUCCAGUUUCAGCCAAUCCUUUACCGGCUGAUGAUAUUCUAAGAGUCGCUGAAUAUUCUUUUGCCGAGAAACUACAAAAUCCCUGUGCUCUUAUAGAAACGAGUCGGCUGCAGUUUCCUGAAAGCGAACAGGAACGCCGCUCGACCAAAAGAACUGUGGUGAAAGAACUGAAAGCAAAAGCCAUACUACUUAAGGAAACUGCUCAAACAAUUUUAAGAACAAAUGUGCUUCCUGAUUGUUCAACCCUAGAACUACCUCUUGUUGCUUUAGUUCCUUCAGCCGAAAGUAUAUUAAACACAGAUCCUAUUGAAGUUCUUCGAAUGUUCUACACAUCGCUGCUCAAUCACACAGCUCAUGUCUACUUCAUAUGCGAGCAAUUGCAGAAGCAUCCCUCUGACGAAUCCUGCAACACAGCCGAUCUUUUAGUGAGUGCCAAGUCUUUGAGUGCUCACAUGAGGGAGCUCAUGUGCAUCCUCAGAUUCUCCCUGAUAGCCAUACCAGAAGAAGUGGAUGAAGAAAAUGAUUCUUACUUAUCAGACUCCACGUCUCAAAUUCUUAACGAAAUGUUAAUGGACCAACCCUUGUGCUCAAGGAGGUCUGUUAGAGACUGUCAGACAAUGACAAGUACUGUAAAGUUGCUUACAGAACUCACUACUUACCUUCAAGGGACGGAACUGCUAAAAGACGAAGACCCGGCCUAAAAAUUGAUAAUCGCGUUAAUACGACCAUUGAGGUGCUUCGAAACAGUCUUUCCUAUCAUCUUGCACAAUUCGUCCGUUAAGCAUGUUUUACAUUCCUUUCGUGAAAUGUGAUUUAUUAUAAAGACAUUUUCAUUUAUGGAAACCAAAAUUAUCAUAAGCUUUCUUUUUCCUCUUCAAAUACUCAGUAUUAAGAUAUAGUUAACUGAGAAACUUUAUUGCAGUUAAAUUUUGCCAUACUACACUUUUUUUUUCCAACAGGGCUAUUUAACAUUUGACAGACUGAUGUAUCAAGACUAUUAUUUUAUUGCAUGUAUAUAUCUAUACUUUUUAGGGUCAAUUUGAAAUAUUAAAAAUAAGUGAACAACACUGCUGAUAUUUUCUACAUUAUCUAACGCAAUUAUAUCUUUACAAAUUUAUCACGCUCGUUUCUCUUAGCUUAAUAGCUUUGCUAUUGUCGUAAUAGUUUUCCUAUUGCGACACAUAUUAAGAAGAAAUACGAAUUUUAAGAAACGAGCUCUUAAUGAAAUAUUUUAAUAGUAUUGAAUUUAUUUUUGUCUUCAAUCAUUACAAUAUUAUUUCCUAAUUACUAUCAUAAUCAUGCGCGUAAAACUUCAUAAAAAUUUAAUUUUAAUUUUUUUUUAAAUUGAAAUAAAAUAUUGAAGUAAGUGUUAAAGGAUGGUAAAAAGGUUUAUUUAACUAUAUGCAUCAUAAAUUCCAAAAACUUGUAUAUAAUUACUAUUGUUUGAAUAUCACUAGUACUUCAAAGACAAAACAGUUUUGAACUAAAUAUUUGCAACUUUGAGCUUUAAAAAUUAGUCAUCCUUUUUUAAAAAGAAAAAUAAGUUCUUUAGUUAUUGUAUAGAUCCUAAAAAAUAAGUACUACUUUCCCUAGUUGGUGAAAUUCCUGGUUAAUUAGCACGUUCGAAUUUUUUUAUUAUUCGAUUGUGCUUUUUAUUACACCAUUUUAUUAAAUAUUUUUUUAAGAAAAAUUUUAAAUUUUAUACUAUAUAUUUUUUAAUUUUUAUUG